AUGGCGACGAUGGAUCCGUUGAUGACGCCGCUGGGGCAAAUGCUAUUGGAGGAGAUCACUCCGGUGGUGAUGCUCCUUUCAACUCCUUCCGUCGAAAAAGCUUCCCUCAAGAACGGCCUCUCCUUCCUCCAGACGCUAACGCCGUUCUGCUCCUUCAACAACAUCGACGUGCCUGUUAGGACUGCCAGUGACCAACCCUAUCGCCUUCACAAGUUCAAAUUGCGCUUGUUUUACGCUUCCGAUGUUAGGAGGCCCGAUUUGCAGGUAGCUAAAGAGCAAUUGAAGCAAGUUAUCACGGAGGCAGGGGAGAAAGAGUUUUCUGAGUCGGGUUCAGAUUUGCCGGAAAUUAAUCAUGAACUUUCUUCUAGUUCUGAAUACCAAAAUACACCAUCUUUGUUUCGGUUUCUCAAUAAAGAGCUUGUUCGAGUGGCUUCCUUUUCAGAUCAUGAAGCUUUUGACCAUCCUGUGAUAUGUCUUCUAGCUGUCUCUUCUAAGGAUGAGCAACCUAUUAACAAAUUUGUUGACUUUUUUAAUACCAACAAGCUUCCUUCCCUUCUUAAUGAUGGCUCUAUGGAUCCAAAAAUUUCAAAGCAUUACUUGUUAGUGCAUGAUAAUCAAGAUGGUCCUGCAGACAGUGCAAGUAAGAUAUUGACAGAAAUGAGGAAUACAUUUGGUACAAGUGAUUGUUCGUUGCUUUGUAUUAAUUCCUCCCUCGAUGCUCCAAUCAAACAUCAAGAUAAUCCUUGGGCUUCUUACAUAACUGAUGCCUCACCUACUCCCAGUCAAGAUCUUGGUUGCUUUCUUAACAUUGAUGAUAUCAAUGAGAUCAAAGAUCUAUUGCAAAAUUUAUCAUCUAAGCACAUCAUUCCCAAUAUGGAGCAAAAAAUUCGUAUACUCAACCAACAGGUUUCUGCAACACGGAAAGGGUUUAAAAACCAAAUAAAAAAUUUAUGGUGGAGAAAAGGGAAAGAAGAUGGUGCAGAUUCUCUCAAUGGUCCUACGUAUAACUUUAAUUCCAUUGAAUCCCAGAUUCGACUUUUGGGUGAUUAUGCUUUCAUGUUACGAGAUUAUGAACUUGCCUUGUCAAAUUAUCGUCUAAUUUCCACAGAUUACAAGAUUGAUAAAGCCUGGAAGCGGUAUGCUGGUGUUCAGGAAAUGAUGGGACUUACUUACUUCAUAUUGGAUCAAUCAAGAAAGGAAGCUGAGUAUUGCAUGGAAAACGCUUUUAACACAUAUUUAAAGCUUGGAUCAUUGGGUCAGCUAAAUGCAACACGAUGUGGUCUGUGGUGGAUAGAAAUGUUAAAGGCACGUGAUCAAUAUAAGGAGGCAGCUACUGUUUACUUUCGUAUUUGUGGUGAGGAUAUCCUACAUUCUGCUGUGAUGCUUGAACAAGCAUCAUACUGCUACUUGUUGUCUAGACCCUCCAUGUUACGCAAAUAUGGAUUCCAUCUAGUGCUUUCUGGUGAGCAGUAUAAAAAGUGUGAUCAGAUUAAACAUGCAAUUCGAACAUACAGAAGUGCUCUUUCUGUUUUUAGAGGAACUUCUUGGAGUUAUAUCAAUGAUCAUGUUCAUUUCCAUAUAGGACAGUGGUAUGCUUUUCUUGGGAUGUAUGACGUGGCUGUAAAGCAUAUGACGGAAAUCUUGGCCUGUAGUCACCAGUCCAAGACCACACAGGAAUUAUUCCUAGGAGACUUUCUUCAAAUUGUGGAGAAAACUGGACGGACAUUUGAGGUAACAAAACUUCAAUUACCUGUAAUCAACAUCUCUACCCUCAGGGUCAUCUUCGAAGAUAACCGAACAUUUGCAUCAUCUUCAGCUACCUUAUUGAAAAGUGUGAAACACCUUAUCACAAAGGACUUUACAUGGUUGGUAGGAACUAUGGAUCAUGCUAACACUAGAGAAGGCUUGUGGCAUUCUUUGGAGGAAGAAAUGCUACCAUCAUUCUCUGCUGCCAAGACUAAUUGGUUGGAGUUACAGUCAAAGCUUAUCCUAAAAAAACAUAGUCAAAAUGUUUGCGUUGCAGGCGAAGCUGUGAAGGUGACUAUUGAAUUUAGAAAUCCUCUGCAAAUCUCAAUUCCCAUAUCUAAUGUUACACUCGUAUGCAAGUGUUCUUCCAGUACUGAAGUUAGAUCAAAUGAAAAUGAGUCAAGUAUGGAGAAAAAUAAUGACGUUGACCACUUUAUGGUGUCUGAGGUUAAUUUCUUAAUAGGGGGUGGUGAAACAACCAUGAUUGAACUAUCAGUUACUCCCAGGGAAGAGGGUACUCUUGAAAUUCUUGGUGUUAGGUGGAAACUGUCAGGGACAAUUGUUGGCUUUUACAACUUUGAGUUGGAUCACCCAAAGAAGAAUAUUAUAAAAAGAAGGAAAACAAAGCCCCUGCCAAAUGAGAAAUUUAAAUUUGUGGUGAUUAAGAGCAUACCCAAACUUCAGGGUUCGAUCCACCCCUUACCUGAAAAGGCAUAUGCUGGAGAUUUACGACAACUUGUUUUGGAAUUGAGGAAUCCAUCAGUGUUUCCUGUCAAGAAUCUGAAGAUGAAGAUAAGUCAUCCUAGGUUCGUUAUAAUUGGGAAGCAGGAAUAUAUGAAUUCAGAUUUUCCUGGGUGUUUAAGAAAGAAGACAGAUUCAUUACAAAGUGAUAAGGAUGCUAAUAGUAAUAUCAUGUCUGACACAGUCUUUUUGUUUCCAGAGGGUACAUCAGUUCAAGGUGAAACACCCUUCUUGUGGCCUCUUUGGUUUAGGGCUGCUGUUCCAGGUGAUAUAUCUCUUUACAUGAGCAUAUAUUAUGAGAUGGGAGAUGUAUCCAGUGUCAUCAAAUAUCGUACUCUUCGCUUACAUUACAACGUGCAGGUAUUACCGUCAUUGGAUGUCUCAUUUCAAAUCAGUCCUUUUCGAUUAAGAUUAGAAGAAUUUCUUGUUCGAUUGGAUGUUGUAAACAAGACUAGCUCAGAAAGUUUCCGAGUUUGUCAGUUAUCGUCAGUUGGUCACCAAUGGGAAAUCUCAUUGGUUCAAGCUCCGGAUACUAUUUUUCCUUCACAAUCAUUGAUGGCUGGUCAAGCAAUAUCAUGUUUCUUUACACUAAAGAAAUCAAGGAGUUUUUCGACAUUGGAGAAUGACAUGCCUACAAUGCCUGUUAGAAGUGAUGUAAGAUUGGUACCCCAAAGCAGUGAUGAUUUAGUUUAUGAUAUAAACAGUACACCUUUGAUCAAUUUCCACCAUUAUGAAAGAUUGCAGCAGGAAGUUUCAUUCGAGGGUGACUUAAAUACUGUAGAUUUUGUAUUAAUCUCUCGGCCAUUUAAGAGUAACGACAAUCCUGGUUUUUCCAAUCCUUCGUUUGUUAUGUCUCAUCAUGCGUGUCACUUCAGUACUGCUAGCACGGGCCCUAUUUCAUGGCUAGUGGAUGGACCUCAAAUCUUUCAUCAUGACUUCUCUGCAUCCUUCUGUGAAAUAAGUAUGAAGAUGCAUAUUCACAAUUCAUCUGGUGCCACUGCUUUUGUACGCAUUGACACCUUUAAUUCAGCUGGUAAUGUUGGACAUAUGAAUAGUGUAAAUGUGGUUCAAUCAGCAACUACCGAUAGCCAAGCCGGGUGGCAUGACAUCACCCCGGUAAAUGAACACAAAGUCACAUCAAAUGCUGUUGAAACCCAACCAGGAAAGGCACUGUCAUUGGAAAGUGCUUCCUCGUAUAUUUGGUCUGGAUCAAGCUCAACCAAUCUUCACAUUGACGCAAUGUCAUCGGCUGAAAUUCCUCUUCAGAUCAGUGUAUUCUCUCCAGGGACAUUUGACCUGUCAAAUUAUGUUUUGAACUGGAAACUUCCUUCCAAUGGACAGGGAGAUAGUGAUGAAACGAGGCAGCAUUCAGGCAAGUGCCAGGGGUACAAAUACUAUCUUACCGUGCUCCAGUCCACUUGA